AUGAGAGCACCCUACUCUCUGUCCUGCCUCCUCCUCCUGAGCCUGGGAGCCUGCUUCCCUCCCGGCGAGCGGUGGGAGCCGGCAGAGGCCGGCCCGGGGGCUGUGCUGGGUCCCGGCUGGCAGGCGGCCGAGGGCCGGGGUCCCGGCUGGAGGGCAGGGGCGAAGCGCCGGAGAAGCGAGGAGGAGCUGGAUGCGCUGCUGAGCAUCGCCCGGGAGCUGCGGGGACGCGGCGCGGCCGGGGCCGGGGCCGGGCCGGGCCGGAGGGGGGGCCCCGAGCCGCUGCCCAGCGCGGGGGAGAAGCGCAGCGGCGCCCUGGGGAACCUGGCCGAGGAACUCAACGGCUACAACAGGAAAAAGGGCGGCUUCACCUUCCGCUUUGGGAGAUGA